AUGGCGGACCACGAUCGUCGGAAUCAUGGUGGUUACCGAGGUGGUGGUGGACGCAAGCGCAGAUACAGAGAUGACGACGACUUUGAUCGCCGAGCUCCCAGACGUCGAUACGAAGAACCCCUCGGCUCGAGAGUUAGGAAGCAAUUGUUGUUGAUUGCGGAAUCGCCCGCUCGUAGAGUGGAAGAUGAUGUCGUAUAUAUCGCUCGAAUGGUCUCUGAUAAUACCGAGGAUGACGAUGUCCGCGACGCCUUUUUCGAGACGGUUAUUCAGCUAACCCUAGAACAACCCUUCAAAAUUCCGUUCAUCGCCGCCGUCGUUCUAGUCAUCAACACCCUGAAACCCGACUUUGCCGCCGAGGUAUUGAAGAAAACAAGCUCGACGGCGCAGGAUGCUCUAAAUGCCGGCAUAUGGCGCGACGUCAAGUUGCUCGUGCGCCUACUGGGUUGCUUGCAAGGACUGCUCGAAGGCGAUGGCGUGUUUGUGAUUCUAGAAGAUUUGUUUUCGAGAGCGGUUGAUUUGCAGACGACAUCUUCAGAGGAUUCUUUGGGUCUUGAGCUUGUCAAGAUUAUCCUUGUCACUAUUCCGUACAUUAUGGCAUCAUCGGCGACAGGAUUUGAAAGUCAGGCAACUGCACUUCUCGAAAAGACGGAGAUCAUUGCGUCUACUCCACAUGCACUGGAAGCUCUUGUGACUCCAUUCACAUUCGACAGUGAAAUCUCGGAGCCCUUGCAGAGCUUCAUUGGGCUCUUGCAAACACAAUUGCAGGAUGAAUCGGCGAACCGAAGCUGGGAACUCAAAUGCCUCCCUCGUCCUUGGAAAUCGCUCGAACUACCUACAAAGAAGCAAGAAGCCGUAACCGAAGCCGAAGGUGAAGGAGAAGACAAAAUGGAAGAAACACUGUCGCUUGAAAAUGCCACAAAACAUCCUUUGCCCGCUGUGGCUGUACCAGACCCCGUGAAGAAUGGGCCAAGAGCCAUAUAUCCAGAAGUCUAUUAUUCGGUGUACUUGGAACAAGAUCUCGAGACUGUGCCAGGAUCGGGCGAAAUCACGUCGACCUUGCUACGAGAUGCGCUGGUUGACACGAUCAACAUCAUGGACUUCAACCGCAUGGCGGUCGCCAAGUUCCUCAUCGACGUAGACUGUUAUUUCGCACCAGACAUAUUCGUUAAACGAGCAACACCUUUUGACAAACUUCGUGAAUUUCCCACAGACAAACCAACUUGGAAGCCGGAGGAUGUUGCCGUGGACGCUGUUUUCUCGCAGCUCUUCCAGUUGCCGGCGCCUGAGCAUAAGCUUGUUUAUUAUCAUUCCGUGUUGACGGAGUGCUGCAAGAUUGCGCCUGCUGCUAUCGCGCCUAGUCUCGGUCGUGCCAUUCGAUUCCUGUAUCGGAAUCUGGAACGCUUUGAUGUUGAUCUGGUUUCGCGGUUCUUGGAUUGGUUCUCGCACCAUUUGAGUAACUUUGGAUUUACAUGGAAGUGGACCGAGUGGAUUGAUGACUUGCAACUUCCUGAGAUCCAUCCCAAGAUGGCAUUCAUCACUGGCGCAUUGGACAAGGAAAUUCGCUUGAGUUUUGCUCAGCGUAUCAAGGGGACGCUUCCUGAGCCAUAUCAGCAUCUGAUUACAGAAGGCAAGGAGCAAGACACGCCGGAAUUUAAAUACACUCUAGAGACUACACCAUAUAACAAGCAAGGAUCGGAAUUAAUGCAACUCAUUCGCAAGAAAGCUUCCGACGAGGAAAUCGAACCAAUCAUUGCAGAGAUCGAGACUCAAGCCAAAGAACAUGGGAUUGAGGACCCAAUGGUCCCAUCUACCGAUGCAUUCGUCACUUCUAUAUGCUACGUUGGAUCCAAAUCACUAUCUCACGUUCUAUCGUGCAUUGAGAGAAAUAAAGAAAGACUGUUGGCCAUUGGUCCUCGCUCUGCAACAGCACGACGACAAAUCAUCACCUCCGUCAUGGAGUACUGGGUUGACCAACCUGGCGUUGCAAUCAACAUCAUCGACAAGCUGCUGAACUACACCAUCCUCACUCCGCUCUCCGUGGUUGAGUGGGCAUUACUCGACCAUAUUGAUGCAGGCAAAAUCCUCGCCAAAGCGCCCGUCUACGAAAUGCUCUCCUCCACAGUCGGCAAAGUUACCAACCGUAUCCGCCAAAUCGUCGCAGCCAGAACCCAACGCGGUCUCUACGAGCCCCAACUUAGCGUUCUCGACGAAACGCUCAACCGUGAAAAAGCCGAUAUGCAGACGCUGUUCACUUUGAUUGAAGACUCGAUUGCGCCUGUGGCUGCUGGUAGCAACGAUGAACUCAUGGAAAGAAGUGAAGAUGAUCCAAGCACCCGCGACGAGAACGAAAUCAUUCGUCGCUGGGCUGUGCGAUGGAGACGCGUAUUUCAGCGGAAAGCAGCUGUCGAAGCCGCUUUUGUGGCUGAUGCUAUGCUCAAUGCGACGCCAUUGGGGACAAUGCCACCUCCUUCACCACCUCCUGUUGACGAUGCAGUACAGGCGGAAGAGAGAGUCAUCGAAGAGUCGACGGCGAAUGGGGAUAUGGACAUUGCGGAUAUUUCGUAA